AGUAUAGCUUUAAUACACCACUGAAUCUCUACAAUAUAUUCUUGCAGCCUGAAAGACUUAUCUAGUCUUCAUGGGCAACAGACAUAUACAAUGUACAGGUAUGCCUGCAGGAAAAAUAUCCACACACACAAUAAAAAUAAAUGCUUUUCAUUAAAAAGGCCAUUUAUACUUUUGUGUUGUUUUAAAUACAUUUUGAAUCACAAAAUUCAAAAAUUGCCAUUUUACCCCAUUUUAGUUCAAGUCUGGAAGGUAACCUGUUCUCAGUCUUGGGGUCAAUGUAGCUAAUGAAGUCUCCCUAAAUUUGUUUGUAUUAACAGUGCAGAAUGCAUUUAAUCUGUGUUAUACUAAGGCUGUCUUGUUGCUCUCUCUUGCUUUCCAGAGACACUGAACACUUCAAUGCUCACUAUGUCUGUUUAGGUAGAAGGGAAAUCCCUGAUGUUAAAGUAAUUUGUUCUUAAAUCUUUGGCUAUUGCUGAAAGCCUCGCCGCCCACUUUCUGCCUUUUGGUGUAAUACAGAGUCCAGGUUCAGUAUUUCACACUUGAAAGAGGGACUCACUUUAUUAUAGAAGCUUUUAAUCUUUCUACAUGACAGGGCAUGCAGGAUUUCAUUAAACAGCUGAAUUUCAUAACAAGGACCAGACAUUUCUUCAAAGAACCUGAUCAAAUUUUGUAAUCCAUUUCCUUUUGGCCUUGCACUUGUGAAAUUAGACACAAAACAUUUAUAAAUGACAUUUUUCCUUCCCAGCAAUUAAGCAGUUCAAAGGUUCCCUUUGUGUUGUGUGGCUUUGAAAGUGUUAUAUUUAUUCUGAACUGGCCCUUCAAUUUGUUCUAUCAAAUAUUUUGGAGGUUAGAGCAAGACAUCGAUUGUGAACAGGUGUGGAAAGACUUUUUUGAUGUAUAAAAGCAUUCCAUUUUAUAGCCAUCGUUUGCAGUUUUAGCUCAUCUACUGAUUGAAUUCCCGAGAAGGGAAGCCAGCCCUUUGCUAACUAGGUGACAGAAUGCCUGAGUCUACCACACAAGAGGGGCAUUCCUCCACUUGCUGACAUUUUCUCUCUGCCCUUUCACAUUUCAGUGCUGAUCCUGCUCAUCGUCACAAUGAGAAGACGGAAAAAAGAGCCUCUUAUUUUUGACGAGGAGAGGGAUAUUAGAGAAAACAUUGUCAGGUACGAUGAUGAAGGUGGGGGAGAAGAGGAUACCGAAGCCUUUGACAUGGCCGCUCUGAGAAACCUCAACGUGAGGGACACCAAAACCCGCAGAGAUGUGACUCCUGAAAUUCAGUUCUUGAGUCGACCGACUUUUAAAAGCAUCCCAGAUAAUGUAAUUUUUAGGGAAUUUAUUUGGGAAAGACUGAAAGAAGCUGACGUGGAUCCAGGAGCUCCUCCAUAUGACUCUCUGCAGACCUAUGCUUUUGAAGGAAAUGGCUCAGUUGCUGACUCACUCAGUUCUUUAGAUUCCAUCAGCUCAAACUCUGAUCAGAAUUAUGACUACCUAAGUGACUGGGGUCCCCGCUUUAAACGGCUGGCUGACAUGUAUGGAAACGGCCCAGAGAGUUUGUACUCAUAGCCUUGGACAGUUCACUUGAAAUGUACUGAAUAAAAAGGCAGCAUCAAAAAAAAAGAAAAAAUAAAUAAAUAAAAGAGAAGGAAAAGGGGGAAGUAUUACAUGCAGUAAACAAGAACUUUCACUUGUGGGCCAAAAGAGGUUGUAAAUAUGUGUCCAUUUUUAGCUAUUACGGUUUCUGCCUUGAUGAAACAUUCACUAGAUUAUCCAAGGGAUUUCACUGACCAGACUCUGAGUAUUUAAAGUUUUUUUUCUUUCUUUCUUUUUAAAUUGUAAUUGUUUAUUUAUUUGAUAAAAAAAUACUUAGUAGUUUGUGAAUAGAUAGCAACUUUUGUAUAAUUGCAAGGGCACCUAAACUGCCUGACAAAGUCAUGUCCUGUGUUGUCAGUGAGCCAAGGACAGCCUGCACAAACAUUCGUGGUACCCUCUCUGAGAAGAAUAGAGCAUGCUGUGCCAUUGAAAAAUCCCAGAACUUCUUGCUUAUCAAAUCUUGGGAGAGUUUAAUUUCUACUGAAGCUUUUAGGCUUGCUAUAUGAUAGAGUUCAACACAAUUUUAUUUCUGCUGGUGCUCAGAAAUGUUUUACUUUAUUUAUUAAUAUAUAAAUCCUCACAAUAACUUUCCUAAAUGAAACUCUCAAUAAAAAACCAAUAAAAUUGAAUUUAAGGCAACAUAAAUUAUUGUUUUGCCAACAAAUUAUAGGAAGUGUUCCCAAUAAGGAAAAGGUAAAUAAUUCUUCAAGGUUCAAGUAGUUUUGAAAUGCUUGUGUAGGUAUGAUUUAAAACAAUAGUUGCUGUCUAUUUGUUAAUAUUUAUGAUCUCUUCUGAUUUAUACAGGAGAAUAUAUUUUUAUUUGACACAUAGUGUUGUGUUUAUUUGGAGCUCCAGCCUCCACUCUGUUCAGGUUCAUCUUACUGCCUCAUGGUAUUCAGCUCAUCAGCACGUGCUGGCUUUUCUGCAGUUUGGAUUACAGGAAGGAGAUGAAACAUGGAAAUGGCAAAAUAACUGCACAACAACUGAGCCUCAUUGCCAUCCAUAUCUCAAAGAGGAGCCAAGCUCCAAGGAUGUACAAAGUUUUCCUCUGAGCCACUAGAGAGAACAAAACUGUGGGAAAAAAAUAUUUGUAUUUCAUUAAGACUUUGGGGAGAGUAGAGAUUUUUCUUUGAUGCAGGAAUUAUUUUCCAAAGUCAUGAGCUCUAAGUGCUCCAAAGCCUGUUCAAGGACUGUUUCCCAACUUCUUUUGCUCUAAGCAUUGACUGAAAGAUUGAGUUUUU